AUGCCGACAUUGACGCCGUCUGUGGGGUCUUUGACGUCUGCGAGCAGCAGCGGGAUGUCGGGAGCGAGCGGACCCGAGCGCAAGCCGUCGCUGUCGCAGCGGAUACGGCCGGGGAGGUGGAGUUUGGCGCAGGACUUCUCAGCUCACCUCUUUCGCUCAUCGUCUUCCGCGUCCACCUCCACCUCCAUCUCACGGCCGACGGCGGAGAGUGUCAUACACGAUAACUCUAGCUCGGUGGUUCAAGCAGAGGAUGAAGAGGGAGACAAGACGAUAAAGGUGGAGAACGUACUCGAACUGCAAAUGUCUGCUACGGCUACCCAGACGACAAGGAAAGCAAAGAUUUAUGACUUUUUGGCUCGCUCGGCGUCGCGCUCGCGGUCGAAGAGCACAAGGAGGUCGAGCGACUCGGCAACUCCCGACGACCCAGACACGACGCUCACGACGAUGGACAGCAUGCGCUCAAAGCCGAGCACACGCUCUCCCUCCCGCCCGCUCUCGGACCAGACCGCUCGCACCCACUCGACCAUCACGCCCCUCCCCUCCGCACCGACACGUGCUCAUACCCCGCGUACAAAUGCAGACGGAUACGACAUGUCCAUGCCCCCGCCGCCCGUCCCGACCUCCGCAUCAGCAAAACGCAAGUCCAAACCACCGACCCUCUUCGGAAUAUCCCUCCCCGGCCGUUCGCGACCUACAACACCCAAAGACGAACGUGCAGAUCCCUUAUCACCACCCGGCACACCGGCACGCGGCCGCUCAGGCUUCAGUACCUCCAGCCGCAAGGACAAGGCGUCAGUGAUGCCAGGACCGUCCUCCAUCCCGUUGCAUGCACCGCAGCCCCGUCCAGCGGCCGUCAAGCGCGCUUCAAUUGACGUUCAUCCGCGCUCACGAUCGUCCCCGCCGCCGCACGAUGUGCACGAGCGGCCGCCAUCCUCUAUAGAGUCCGCCCGCGGUCGCUGUUCCCCUUUCUUCAGCAUGCGAAUCUUCAACCGUUCAUCCUCGCGGGGCGGGUCGCACAGCCGCAGCACGAGCGUUAGCCGAACCAAUAGCUCGAACAAUAUCAAGGGCAAGGCCCCUGCCCCACCAAGGGUCAGUGUGCCGAAGCUCAACAUGCGACAAACUUCGCGCGACACGGGGCCGCCUUCGGCUGGUCUAGUGCAAAAUGGGCCGUCCAGUGCGCGCAUUGGCUCGUUCGAUUUUGAGACGCGGCAUACGCACUCGGGCUUUGAGAUGAAGCGGAGCGUGAGCCAGGGUGGAACGGAGCGAGGCGAUCGCCGUACGCGCGUUCGAGGAAGUCACGACGGUCAUCCUGCGGCCGCGUACUCCCAAUCGACAUCUGCACGGGCACAUAUGCGUGCCUCACAUGCGCACACACCACGACCGGAGCCUUUCGACCCUGCGCGCUCGGCACAUUCGCAGCAGUCAACGGCUACCAGCGGAACGGGAGCUGCGCGUGCGACUGCAGAUGCUACUGGGGAGAAGGGCGGUUCGUGGGGCCGACGUGCGGGACGGCAGGGCUGGGUUGGCGCCGGAGUGCAUCCGCCAUUCGCGUUCGAGAGCGCGGCGAGCGGUUCUGGCGCCAGUAAUGGACGCGCGUCGCCCGUGCCUGUCAGUGAAGGGCGACCACGAAUAGAUCUCAGUCCUCGCUUCCGAGUGCACGAAUUGAGCGCGUGGCCGGAGAGGGAGAAGGAGAGGGAGGUCGAGCUUGGUAUAGGACUGACAUGGGCGCCAACGAAGAUUCGCGUACGCGAGUUCACUGGCAGGCGUGACCCUCCAGAAGUCCCGAGGGAUCGAGAACGAGGGACAGAGCGGGAACGCACACAGCACGCUACUAAUGGCCAUCGACGUGAAAUGGGUUACCGUGACGCGGACUUGAACGUGCGGCGCAAGGCGGAUAAGGAAGUCACAGGUCGCUUCCGCGUUGUACUGGGCGAGCAGGGGUUCGAGAAGUUCAAGAAGUAUGUGCGCCGGUUCGAUCAGGAGAUCAUCCCACUGGACGGUGCUUCCGGUUUGCUCGACCGCGUGCGGCAAUUGCUUGACACGGCGCCUCCACCGGGCGUUACUUCGCGCGAGAAGCGAGAGAUGCUGGAUGACCUGGUCAGGAUCGUCAAGGAGGACGUUCUUUGA